GUUCCUUCUAAGAUAUCCAGCUUGCAUGAUAGGCGGUUCUAUAAAUUACAAUUUGAUCAGUCUACAGCAUUCUUGAAAGCAAACAGCAAGUAUACAAGUUCUUUCUUGCUUUUUCCUCUUUGGUUUUCAAUAAUCUUCUGGAGCUACUGAAGAUAGAGAAAUGUCAUUGACAAUAAGGGGAAGUGUGAGAGCAAGAGGGACGAACCCCUCUUGCAAUGGGAUUUUUUGUCGGAUGGUAUGCCUUCCCAGAAACAUAAUGGGGGGCUUUUCAAGAAUAAUGGGUAGAAGAAGCCAAUACCAACCACCAAACUUGCAGCUGCAACAUUCACUGCCACAGCAGCCCCUAGUUGUUCCAGAAGAGUGGGCUUUUCUAGCUAGUUUUGAACAGCAAUAUGGUAUCACACAUCCAUUUUUCUAUGCCUGUAGCUUUAUGGAGGCUCUGAAGAUGGCAGAGGCUGAGCACAAGCUCAUGUUCAUGUAUCUCCACUCACCGGAACAUCCCUUCACUCCCUCAUUUUGUUCCGGGACUUUGUGUUCAGAGCUGGUAGUACAGUUUCUUGAUGCAAACUUUGUGUGCUGGGGAGCAAUUGCAGAUAGAGGAGAGGGUUUACAAAUGGCUGCUACUCUGCAGCCUGCUAGCUUCCCCUUCUGUGCAAUGAUUGCACCAGCUGCUGGUAACAGCAUAGCAGUGCUGCAACAGAUGGAGGGCCCAGUUGAUCCAGCUGAGCUGGUGGAGAUUCUGCAGAGGACAAUGGAGGAGCAAGGGUCGGCUUUCAGCAGUACAAGAGGAAGGGAGGAAGAACAGAUGAGAGCAAGGAUUAAGGAGGAGGAAAGGACAAGAGCAAGAGCUAAGGAGGAAGAGAAGUUAAGGGCUGAUCAUCAGUUGAGAGAAGAACAAGACGCUGCAUAUUUUGCUGCUUUACAUAUAGACCAGGAAAAGGAAAGGCUUAGGAAUGCAAGAGCUCAAAAGCCAGUAGAAGCUUCAAAUCAAGCAAACUAUGAGAAGCCUAGGCAGAUGCCUACAGAGAAACUACUCGGUAAAACAAGGCAGGUCUCAUCUGUUAGAGAAGCUCAGUACAAAGAAACUGCUACUCAAGGCAAGGAUACUCCUCAGGCUACUCAGAUAUUGAUUCGGUUUCGGAGUGGUGAAAGAAGGGAGCAUAGCUUUUCUUGCACAGAUAAGAUCCUCUCAAUUUACAGAUACAUUGAUUCAUUAGGACUACCUGGGCUUGAAAACUACAGAUUAAUAUCAAGUUUCCCGAGAAGAGUUUAUGGUGUUGAUCAAAUGGGAAUGACUUUGAAAGAUGCUGGUCUGCAUCCUAGAGCAAGCCUGUUCUUGGAGCUUCUUUGACAACAAAACUAAUGAUGGUGCAGGAAAGCUCCAUGCACUAUGACAUGCACAGCACUCCCGCAAGCUUACAAAUAUGUCAAAAACUAUUAUUAGAUGUCGUCUAUCCCAUAUCUAUCACAUCAUCCAUAUAUACGUCUUACAUCAUUGUUUCUUC